AUGUCUUUAAAACCUUUUACCUGCCCCUGGCCUGAAACAAGGUUUCUUCAUGCAGGCAAAAGUGUAUAUAAAUUUAAAAUCCGAUAUGGCAAUAUCAGUGAUGGCAUGGGCACUGGUGAAAAUACUUCCUUGGAACUAGAGGAAGCCAUUCGAGUAAUCCUUGGAAAUCUUGAUAAUACACAUCCAUUUACUACAGAAUACUUCACUAUAUUCCCAUAUUUAAGUAAAUGGGAGAGAGUGUCAAAACUGAGAUUCAAGCACGGAGACAAACUUCUUGAUCCGUAUCCUUAUGUUUGCAUUAUGUAUGUGGAACGCAAUUCAUUUCAGCAAAGUGUUUUCAUCCGAAAAGAAGCACAUUUGGAUGCUUGUAAAUCUGUCAAGAAUAGAAGUGAAAUUAUAGGAGACACUGAAACAAAAGCAACAAGGAGGCAGAGGAGGGUGGAGGACCCAGCAGAGCUGUCACAGAGUGAGCCGUGUGUGGAGAGGUUCGAUGUCCCUGCUCAGGUCCCAGUCAUCUGCUCCCAACCGCCAGGACAAUCCUGUCGGGCUGGAGCUGAAGAUAUUCACAAUACAAGUGAGACAAACAGUCCAUGCAGACGGAAUCCGUCUGAAGAAAUUUGGUUUGAAUAUCAGGCUCCUGAAGACCUUAAGAAAGACGGUAUUAAUUUAUCUGUUGUAGGGGAACCUGUGGAAAAUAGUGCUGAACCAAAUACAUCAGAAAAUGGCCAGUGGGAAAAUAGAAUGCUAUUGCUGCAGCCAGUCAGCCCAAGUGAGAAUGAAGGAAGUGUGGAGUCUAAAGGAAGAGGUUUUCUUGAAUUAUGGAAAAGCACACUCUUCCCUCCACUACAGCGCAUUUUUGGUGGAAGCAACUGA